AUGAAACUCAGCAACAUGAUCGGUGUGCUAGGCGUGGCUGCUUUGGCAUUCUCGAGCAACACUGUGGAUGCGUCGACGGCAGCUGCGCAGACGUCGGGACACCUGCGCCAUCGAUACCACCGACAUGAUCACAGUCACAGAUAUGGCCGGCGGUCCGUCUACGAUGACGACGACGACAGUGACAGCUCCGGCGAUGGAAGGAGAGGUUAUAGCAAUCAGUAUGGCCGCAGGAACGACGACAUCGACAGUCGCGAUGACUAA